AUGAGGGCGACGUCGGAGGCAUGGAGUGUGCGGCAUGCGCGCCUACGCGCAGUGCUUCACGCGCCCGAUGUUCGGGAUGCCGUUGCGCCGCUCGUUGCGUAUGCGGCGCGGCAUGCGCCGGCGCUGCGCGUGCUCGUAUCGCAGCUUCCGCCGGACGGGCGGGAGGAGGGCCGGCUGGGGCGCGAGCUCGAUUGUGCGCUUGCGCUCCUGUGGGCCACGGACCACGUCCCACGGCAUAUCCAGCUCGAGCGCACGCGCGCGUUUGUGCGCACGCGCCUCGAAGAUAUCCAGCAGGCGUCGCUGCAGGCCGCCGACUUUGCGUCGCUGUGCACGCUGCAGCACGGCGCCACGGGCACCGUGGAAAUUGUGCGGUGCCGCAUGGACCGCCAGCUGUACGUGCUCAAGACCGUCCUCAAGGGCAUCGCGCGCCGCGAGGACUUUCGCUUCUCGCCCGUGUACGAGAGCCAGCUGCUCGCGCAGGGCGGCCUCGACGACAGCCACUGUGCGUACACGCCCCAGCUACAUGCCGCGUUCCAGAGCGUGCGCUCCGUGCACAUGGUCAUGGAGUACUUUCCUGCGGGCGACCUCGAUGCGCUCCUCCAGGCGGCGGCGCAGGCCGAGGCGAGGUACCCCGGGAAGAGCACGACUGGCGGCCUCCUGCACGAGUCGUGGGUCGUGCGCUAUGCCAUGGACAUGGUCGCCGCGCUCGGCUGGCUGCAUGCCCUGCACUUUGUGCACCGCGAUGUGAAGCCGUCCAACUUCCUGCUCGACAAGAGCGGGCGCCUCAAGCUGUGUGACUUUGCGACGUGCGCGCCGUUCCGCACGUUUGACGAGCACGGGCGCCGCGUGCUCGCCUACUAUACCCAGCGCCCAGCGGGCACAUGCGACUAUAUCGCGCCGGAGAUUUUGCGCUGCGAGGAGGAGCGGCUCCAGCACGCGUAUACACUCUCGCCCGUCUCGGGCGAGGACGCGGCGCCUGUGCCGGACGCGCACAUCGCUGGCGCCUACGGCCCCGCCGUCGACUGGUGGAGCCUGGGCGUCGUGCUGUACGAAAUGACGUUUGGGCGCCUGCCGUUCUGGGCGCCGCAGCCGGCCGAUGUGUACGCGCACAUUGCGCACCACGAGCAGCACUUUGUGCUGCCGGCGCCGCUGCCGUGCAGUGCGGCGCUCGCAGACCUCAUCUGCUCGCUCGUGUGUGCUGAGCCGCGGCGCCUCGGGCGGCACAGCACGCGCGAGGUGCAGGACCACCCCGUGCUGCGCGACGCGCCAUGGCACGACCUUGCGCAGUGUGCGCCCCCGUUCGUGCCGGACCUGGGCGAUGCGCGCGCAUCGCAGCUGAGCGUACUGCACAGCCCGAGCACGGCGCGCGGCGAUGCGGCCGGACUCGACUCGGUCACCCUCGAUACGCCGCCGAGCUUCUCGGCCAUGUUCCAGGGACCGAUCGAUCAGUUCCCUGGCUUUGAGUCCGUCGACUUGUCGUGGAUGCCGGACACGUUGGUCGGGCGCGCCGCGUCGCCGCCCGCGUCGUCGCCACAGCCGCCGCCGCCGCCGCCGCCGGGGCCGCCGCCGUCGCCCCUCAGCCCAGCGGCGUGUGCGGACUUGGACAUGCACUUCUGCGCGUUUAGUUUCCUGCCGGACGCGCAGGCCCUGGCGGCGCCCAUGCCGCCGCCCCUGAUGCCCAGGGCGUCGACAUCGCCGCCGGCCGCCUCGACGCCGUUCGGCAAGUCCAUCUCGCCGAUUCCGUCACCGUCGCCGUCGGCGGUGAUCUCGCCCGAGGAGAGGAAGCGACACGUGCGGGCCAGCCUCAUGCAUACGCCGUUCAAGGCGGCGGACACGUCGUCGCCGCUGGGGCACUCGCCCUACCCGUUUCCGCCGCCGGCGCGGCCGCUGCAUGCGGCGCGCUCGCCGCUCACGCUCGUGCACAGCACGAUGGGCGCCGACUCGCGGCACUCGGGUGGCAGUACGUCGAAGCGCAGCGUGUCGGAGCGACAGGCGUGGGCAGAGAUGAUGGAUGCGGUGGAGCGCAGUGUGCGCAAGCCGCGCGCGCGCGAUGCGCCGCCGCGGAUGUCAAAUCUGCGGCGGAUGGCGCAGGAGUACUCGUCGUCCGACGACGAGGCAAGCAGCUCGAGCCACGAGUCGACGGGGUCGAUGGCGUCGAGCCCCUCGACGUCGCCGGCGCUGCGGCACCGCGCGUCGUGCCGGGAGAUGCGGCGCUCGAUGAACGACGAGGCUGGGCACCCAGAGCUGCGGCAGCGGCGCAGUAUGCGGCAGCUGCGGCUCGAUGCGCAGGUGACGUCGACGCCGACGCGCGCGGCGCGCAGCCUGUCGAUGCUGCCGACCGACGUGGGCGAUGCGCCGCUGCCGUCCGUGUCGUCGCCGCCGCGCGGCCACACGCUGCGCACGCUGCGCGGCAGUGCGUCGGUGCGCGAUUUUCGCGCCGAGUACGUCCGCCUCGAGACAGAGUCGCUCGUGCUGCCGACGCUGGGGCCGCCACACGCGCGCGUCGCAGCGCCACGCACGGCGAUGGACAGCCGGCGGACCCUGUCCGAGUACCGCCGCGCGCCGCGCACGCUCAACGAGUCGGAGGAUGCGUUUGGGCGCCGUACGUCGCUGACGCAGGCGCCCCUGGCGCGGCGCAUGCAGUCGUCGCUGGGCCUCUCAGGACUGUACCGCCAUGGGCGUAGCGGGCCAGGUGUUCCACGCGCGCCAAGCGUGCCGAGCGUGCCAGAAGUGCAGUCGCCGUCGCCGGACCACCGCGACGCGCUCGACAGCAUGGCCGACGAGCAGGCGCACAUUGAGAGUCACGUGACGAGUCUCGAGCGCGAGCUGCGCGAGCUGCGCACGCGCGUCGAUCGAAUGCCUCUAUAG